GAAAUCCUUUCCCUGUCUCCUUCUUUUUCUUUUAUUUUUUUUUUUUAUUUCAUUGAGCCUAAUCGUUUUAUUAAUGACUUCAUACCAAAACACGCCUUCUGAUCUUCACGCAACAAAUCGUAAUGGAGUUACUUUAACAAGAGAUGAUUUGUUAAUGCUUGCUCAAGCCGAAUAUGCCAGACAAAUAUGCAAAUAUACAAAGGCUCAAUUAGAGCAAAAGAUACCAAAUCAUACUAGCAUACAUCAAUCAUUAUCAUCUACGACCUCUUCUUCGUCAUCAUCAUCAUCCUAAUAUCGAUUCCCUUUUGUACAUAGUCCUUUACUGUAAAUAGUUCCAGAACUCGAAAAAAAAAAAUAGACGUUGCACAAAUAAUUGUUUUAUAUAAUAAAAACGUUUUUAAUGCCUCUCUUUCCUUCUCUUUUGCUUUUACAUGAAUUCCAACGAUAAUAUCACACUUUCGGCUAAUCAGAAACGACUUAUAAAAGCUUGGUGGAAGAAAGCCACAACCAAUAGUAACAACACUACCAGCCAAAGAAGAUUUUCCGCCAUGGUAGAAAAAGGUGUAUUUGGUAUUCCACUAGUAGACUCUAUAUGUUAUGCUCAUUCUAGGAUAUCUUUUGUGGAUCAAAGAACAGGGAAAGAUUGCAAUGGAGUCAUUCCAAUAGUUAUUGCGAAAUGUGGUUCAUUUCUUAAGCAAGAAGCAUUGUAUGAAGAAGGAAUAUUUCGAAUAUCAGGCAAUGUGAAGAGGAUAUCAAUUCUUCAGUCGCUAUUUGAUACACCUGAAGGUUAUGGAUUAGAUAUCGAUUGGACUGGAUAUACGCCUCAUGAUGCAGCUAAUUUGCUGAGCAGAUACCUUAACUAUCUCCCUGAGCCACUCAUUACGUUAGAAUAUCAGAACUCAUUUAAAAAUAUCAUAGACGUUGAAUUUCCGAGUAUAGAAGUCAAGAUUCAUGCAUUUCAAAAAUUAAUCGAAAAGCUACCAGUUGUACAUCAAUACCUUUUACUUUAUAUCUUGGAUCUUUUAUAUCUCUUCUCACUUUACUCUGAUUAUACACGGAUGGAUAUAACAAGUUUAUCUACUGCAUUUGCACCUGCUAUCCUCUCAGAUCCUAACGAUGCUAUGAAUCCAGCAGGAUAUAAAAAAUCACAAAGCGUACUUUUAUUCUUAAUCCAAUAUCAAGAGCACUUUAUGAUGCCAGAUUAUCGUCACUAUGAACCAUCGUUGAUAGAUUCACCUAGUAUGGAAUAUAUCCUUUAUUUAAACAUAUAGUAACAUCUACAUUUAGCCACGCCCCUAAUCCAAGAUAGACGUCUGUCAUUUAAUUAUUCACCCUCACAGUCAGUAACGAACCUGAUGUCCCUAAGAAGUGCCUCAUCACCUAACGUGUCUUCUUUAAAGCGAUCCAAGACGGCACCGAGUCGAAGAGAUAAAGAAGAGCAGAUGAUGAUUGAGGCAAACCAGAGUAAAGUGACGAUUAACAAUGCCAAAAAUAUUUCAAGAUGGAAAUCGAUCAAGAAAAAGGAAUGAAUUGUUACUGCGUGUAAUAACGGUCAAUGGCACAAUAAACAGGUUGUUCUCGAAUUUUCUUUUUUGCCCCUUAUUCGUUGUC